CCUUCCGGAGGAGCCCACUAUGACAUAGGGGCCGGGAGGGGCCAGCCCUUAUCUCGGUGGCCGCGGGGGGAUGGCUGCAGGCAUGUUGAGCUUGCACACCUUGAACUCCCCAGCCGUGAUCUUUGACAACGGCUCCGGGCUCUGCAAAGCCGGGUUGUCGGGGGAGAUCGGACCGCGCCAUGUCCUCAGCUCUGUCGUGGGGCACCUGAAGGCCAAACUGUCACCUACGGGGCCCCACCAGAAGAAGUACGUUGUGGGGGAAGAGGCCCUGUUCAAGCAGGAGGCGCUGCAGCUGUGUGCACCUAUCGAGCGGGGCCUGAUCGUGGGCUGGGAUGACGCAGAGAGGCUGUGGCGACACCUGUUCGAGUGGGAGCUGGGUGUGAAGCCUAGUGAGCAGCCGGUGCUGGUGACUGAGCCCUCCCUGAACCCCAGGGAAAACCGGGAGAAGACAGCACAGGUGAUGUUCGAGAGCUUCGGUGUGCCCGCCUUCUACCUGUCGGACCAGGCGGUGCUGGCGCUAUAUGCCUCUGCCUGUGUCACGGGCCUGGUGGUAGACAGCGGCGAGGGCAUCACGUGCACUGUCCCUGUCUUCGAAGGCUACUCGCUGCCACACGCCGUGGCCAAGCUGUACGUGGCAGGCAGGGACAUCACAGAGCAGCUUACCCGGCUCCUCCUCGCUGGUGGGCGGACCUUCCCCUGCCUGCUGGACAAGGCCCUGGUGGACGACAUCAAAGAGAAGCUGUGCUAUGUGGCCUCGGAGCCUGAGAAGGAGCUGUGCCAGCGGCCAGAGGAUGUCCUGCGGGAGUACAGGCUGCCGGACGGCAACAUCAUCUUCCUUGGAGACCAGCUGUUCCAGGCCCCUGAGGCCCUGUUCUCGCCUGGGCAGGUGGGCACCCAGAGCCCGGGCCUGGCCAAGAUGGUAUUAGCCAGCGUCACCAAGUGCGACACAGACAUCCAGAAGACACUCUUCAGGGAGAUGGUGCUGUCAGGGGGCUCCACGCUGUUCCAGGGGCUGGAGGAACGGCUGCUGAGGGAGUUGGAGAUGCUGGCCCCUAAAGGGACCCCCAUCAAGAUCACUGCCCCCCCCGACCGCUGGUUCUCCACAUGGAUUGGGGCCUCCAUUGUGACCUCUCUGAGCAGCUUCAAGCAGAUGUGGGUCACAGCUGCUGAUUUCAAGGAGUUUGGGACAUCUGUGGUCCAGAGGAGAUGCUUUUAAGAUGCCUGUGCCCAGGGCUGGGGGACCCUGGGGCUAGGCUGACCCUGGUAGUCCUUCAGCGAGGUGUUCAAUAAACGACAAAAUGGUGAAUCG